AUGGGGCAAGUUGGCGGUACUGCGACGAGCGGCCGUGGUCUAACGGCGCUGCAGGUGGCAGUGGCGUUAAAGGUGACAGCGGCAGCGUGGCUGAAGAAGGCGGAAGCUCCCACGUCGUCCUCGCAGGCGAUGCACAGUACUCACUGCAGCCCAGAUGAGCAAUUCAAGGCGAUCAAGCCAGAGGACUGCAGCACCUUGCAGCAGCUCACCGUGCUGUCCACGGACCACAAAGGGAAGCAGGUGAAGGUGCGCGUCACCGAGUAUGCCCCGAAUGUGUUCUCCUUUCUUCGCCACCUGAAGGGUGUGACAGAGUCACAGUUCGCAGACGAGUGGUCGUUACCGGAGAACCGCCUAAAGAUGGAGAUGGGUGAGGGCCGCUCUCAGGCACUCUUCCUCAAAUCAAGGACCAUGUUGUUCAUGUGUAAGACAAUCUCAGCGGAGGAGGUUCACGCUUUGCUUCGUGUGUUGCGUGCCUACACGCUACACAUCAUCGCCCAUCCCAGCAGUCUCUUGAUGCGCUUUUACAGGCUUCUGAAGGUGUCGGUGCGGAGCGAAGUGGGGUACAUCUUGUGCUUCAACAACGUCUUCGACGUCGCCGCCGUUCUGCACGAAAAGUGGGACAUCAAGGGCCGCGUUCCGAAAAAUCGAAAGCACCCCCACUACUCACACCUCAUCCGCAGCGGCUACGAGCCCGAUCCGCACGUCACGAAAACCCGAAAAAACCGCCACGUUAUUGCCAACCCAGCAAUCGAUGCGCCUCAGCAGCACCCCGACAGGGAGGGCGCGGUCGUGGUGAGGGGAAACGAGGACGCGCAACGACUGCCCACACUGCACGACAAGGACCUGACGCGGCGCUUUUGGUUGCCACGCACUAUACGUAAGCGACUCGUGGAGGAGCUGCUUCACGACUAUGACUUUCUCAAAAAUGCGGGCAUGAUGGACUACUCGCUGCUCAUUGGCGUCGCCUACCAGGAUGACAAGACGCAGCCGGCAGACAAGCGGUACGGUAUUGAGAGCACGAAUAUGACAUCCUCGUCCGGCGUCGCGCCUGCAUCGACGUCGGCCGAGGUGAGGCCCGCCUCUCUUGCCCAGGACAAUCACCCGUCCGGGGAGAUGACGACGCUAACGACGUUUCCAGAGUUUGCCAACGGCGUGCACAGCUUCGACGAUCAGGAGGUGUACUACAUCGGCAUAAUCGACGUUCUCACCACGUACACGUUGAAGAAAAGGAGUGCCAACUUCUUCAAGUCGCUUUUGUGGGAGCAAAAAACGCUCUCCACCAUCCCGCCCGACCGCUACGCGCGCCGCAUCACAUCGUUCACCGGGCUGAUCUUCCCGGACGUGAGGGAGGAGGCGAACGGCGGGUAA